UAGAUGUGCGCACGUUGCCGCGCCCCUACGUAGUUUCCUGGGCGGGAACAGCAAAAUGGCGCCAGAACUAGUGGCGGGCUGAGCAUACUGGCUACUUUUAAGCCGGCCCUGCCGUCCCGGUGCGGACCCGUCCCCUCCCAGACAUGGAGGACGUGGAGGCGCGCUUCGCCCACCUCCUGCAGCCCAUCCGCGACCUCACCAAGAACUGGGAGGUGGACGUGGCGGCCCAGCUGGGCGAAUAUCUGGAGGAGCUGGACCAGAUCUGCAUUUCUUUUGACGAAGGCAAAACCACAAUGAACUUCAUCGAGGCAGCGCUGUUGAUCCAGGGCUCCGCCUGUGUCUACAGCAAGAAGGUGGAAUACCUCUACUCGCUGGUCUACCAGGCCCUCGAUUUCAUCUCUGGCAAGAAGCGGGCCAAGCAGCUCUCCACGCAGCAAGAUGGGGCCGACGGGGAGGCCAGCUCCAGGGCCCCCCGGGAGGCGGAGGACAAGUUCCUGUCGCUGGAUGACCUGCCCGACUCUCGCAGUAGCAUGGAUCUGAGGAGUGACCCGGCCCCUGGCGAGACCCUCAUCGUCCCCCUCCUUCCCAUGGCUCUGGUGGCCCCUGACGAGGUGGAGAAGAACAGUAACCCCCUGUACAGCUGCCAGGGGGAGGUCCUGGGCAGCCGGAAGGACUUCAGGAUGAAUACGUGCACCCCCCACCCCAGAGGAGCCUUCAUGUUGGAGCCGGUGGGCACGUCCCCCACAGAGGCACUGCCACCAGGGAACCAGAAGGAGGCUGAGGAGCAGCCAAUGGAAGUCUCUGUGUGCAGGAGUCCGGGCCUGGUGCUCAGCAUCUCUCAGGAGCCAGGCAUCUCCCCAGAAGGCCCGGCGCCCAGAGGCGAGGGUGAGGAAGAGGAUGCAGCGGGGCCAGCAGGGCUCCCUGAGGUCUUGGUCCCUGAGGCCAUGACAGAGCCCCAGGAGCCCGGGAGCCCAGAGCAGAGCGCUGCCCAGCCUGGGAUGUGUAUGCUGCGGGAGCGAAGGGGGGCCCCGGAGCCUGCAUCCCAGCUGAAGGAGACACCAGACCCCUGGCAGGGCCUGGACCCCUUCGACUCCUUGGACUCUAAGCCCUUCAGGAAAGGUAGGCCCUACUCUGUGCCCCCCUCUGUGGAGGAGGCUCCAGGACAGAAGCGUAAGAGGAAAGGUGCUGCCAAGCUGCAGGAUUUCCACCAGUGGUACCUGGCCGCCUAUGCAGACCACACUGACAGUAGGAGGCCCCGGCGGAAGGGCCCCUCCUUUGCAGACAUGGAGGCCCUAUACUGGAAGCACGUGAGGGAGCAGCUGGAGACCCUCCGGAGGCUGCAGAGGAGGGAGGUGGCCGAGCGGUGGCUGCCGAGGGCCGAGGAGGAGGGGCUGUGGCCCGUGGAGGAGGACCGCCUGGAGGACUCCCUGGAGGAUCUGGGAGUGGCAGAUGACUUUCUAGAGCCCGAGGAGUAUGCAGAGCCCGAGGGGGCAAAGCCUGGGGAAGAUGCAGACCUGGAAGCGGAAGCCAUGCCGGCGUCCCUCAGCUAUGAGGAGCUGGUUCGAAGGAAUGUGGAGCUGUUCAUCACCUCCUCGCAGAAGUUCGUCCAGGAGACAGAGCUGAGCCAGCGCAUCAGGGACUGGGAAGAGACGGUCCAGCCCCUGCUCCAGGAGCAGGAGCAGCGUGUGCCCUUUGACAUCCACACCUACGGGGACCAGGUGGUCUCCAGGUUCAGCCAGCUCGACCAGUGGUGUCCCUUUGCGGAGCUGGUGGCUGGACAGCCUGCCUUUGAGGUGUGUCGCUCCAUGUUGGCCUCCCUGCAGCUGGCCAACGACUACACGGUAGAGAUCACCCAGGAGCCGGGGCUGGAGGCGGCCGUGGACACCAUGUCGCUGAGACUGCUCACGUACCAGCGGGCCCACCAGCGCUUCCAGACCUACGCUGCCCCCUCCAUGGCCCUGAAUGGGGAGCACUGAGCCUGGGGCCGGGCCCUGGAGCCCCGUCUCCCACGUGCCUCUGCUCGUUCCACUUUGCUUCCUGGCUGCCCCAACCUAAUAAAGUGUUGCCACCCCCCAA